GUCGCUCUAGUGAGGAUAUAUCUCACAAAAGGGGGAACGUUUGCUCCAAGUGUCUCGUUGGGAGAGACGAGUGAUACACUUGACCUGAGAUGUCAACCAGCGUCUUUACAGUCGUGCUGCUGGGCCUUCUGAAGGCGGUGAUAUCGCAGAGCACAGGAUGCCCGGAUGCUGACCCAACCUUGACCCCAUGGAACCCUGGGCAUGACCGUAACGCGCGGGUGGUUGUGGGUAGAGGACAGAACUACCUGCUCCAAUCAUCUGCCACGUUUUACACACUGGAGGUCAAGGACGGAGGACGAGUUGUAUUUGCUGACUUGGGACCAACAAGCGAUACAGAAAUAGUCCUGAGAACACGUGAGGUACUCGUGGGGAACGAUGGCGAGUUCCACAUCGGCAGUGAGACCUGCCCGUACCAGGGGAAGGCCACGGUGUCCCUGUACGGCCGCAAGGACGACCAGAAGAACAGCAAACAGGUCCUGGUCAGUGCAGGUGGGACAUUGGAGAUCCACGGACAACACAAGCUGGCGUGGACACAGCUCACACAGACAGUUCCGGCAGGAGGCCUGCCUAAGGGUACCUAUGCAUGGGAUGCGUCUACCAUGGGAGGUGGCCGCGGAAUGCACGUGCACGUCAUCGAUGAAAUAUCAGGGGCACUGGUGGACUGGCAAACCUUCGACACGUACGUCAGCGAAGCCAACAGCCGACGUCUGGCCGACUUCAUCGACCAAAUACCGUCUGGAAAAAUCGUGGCUCUAACAACCCAAGAUGAGGCCUCUCGAAAACUGGAGACAACCGCCCGACAGAAGAUCAGGGAGCUGGGAAGCGUUGAAGUGGGCUCAUUGGGACACAGGCAGCCUUGGGUGUUUGUUGGAGUGAAGGGAGACCCUAGUCGUGCUGUUGAGCAGAGAAUCCCAUAUGUCAACAAACAGUCCACCGGCACCGCUUCCAUCACAGGCAACUUUGAUGCCUUCUUCGGCUCCUUCGAUGUCACUACCACAAGCGAAUGGCUGGGAGGACGAUCCUCUUUCACCUUUUCGGUGGAGGGCGGAGGUGGUGAGUACAUCAUCAACCUGAAGGAUGACGUGAGUUCCUGGCAGCCUGGGGACCACAUCGUGCUGGCCAGCACGGACUACAACAUGGAGCAGGCAGAGGAGUUCCAGCUGCUGCCGUGUCAGGAGUGCUCGGACCACCAGGUCAAAAUCAGCGGACAAAUCAAGUACACACAUUUCGGUGAGAUCUCGGAUGACGUAGACAUGAGGGGAGAGGUUGGUCUGCUGACCAGGAACAUCAAGUUCCAGGGGGAGGUAGAGGACAGCUGCUAUGGGGACAACUUCUGUCAGUUCUUCGACUAUGACACGUAUGGAGGCCAUGUCAAGGUUCUGCAAGGAUUCAAAAACGUGCAUCUGUCUGGCAUUGAGUUCACCAAAAUGGGCCAACAGGUCCAGGGCAGCUACCCUGUCCACUUUCACAUGGCCGGAGACGUGGACGAGGUCGGAGGCUACAGCCGCCCAACGUACGUCCGAGAGCUGUCCAUUCACCACUGCUUCUCCCGCUGUGUGACCAUCCAUGGGACCAAUGGGCUGCUGGUCCAAGACACCGUUGGGUACGACACACUUGGCCACUGCUAUUUCAUCGAGGACGGCGUGGAGCAGCGUAACGUUCUGGACCACAACUUGGGCCUGGUGACGCGGGCAGGCACGCUGCUGCCCACCGACAGGGACGACAACAUGUGCCGGAGCAUGAGGGACGCGGUCUACGGGGACUACGUUCCGGAGUUAGCCGACUGUCGGGCGGUGACCACUUUCUGGAUCGCGCAUCCGAAUAACGUCCUCACCAACAACGCAGCCGCCGGAUCUUUGCAUACAGGAAUCUGGUAUAUCUUCCACCGUGAGCCGACCGGCCCUUCGGCGGGCGCCCUUCCUAAGUUUCAAGCAGAACGGUCACCCUUAGGACGGUUCUACAACAACAGAGUGCACUCCAAUGGAAUAGACGGAUUUAUGAUUGACGAGGGAGUGAAGACUUCACAGGCAUCAGCAAAUGCACCAGAGGAGUUUCUAUCCCGAACCGGUGGACGGUACAAGCCUCACCAGAACUCCGACCUCUCCCAGCCACGCGUGCCAGCAAUGAUCGAGGGUCUCAUCGCCUUCAAGAACUGGGAUCAGGGAGCCUGGGUCCGAGGGGGCGACAUCUGGUUCAACAAAUGCGCCUUUGUGGACAACGGAAAGGGACUGACAAUGGCCAGUGAAGGCACGUUCCCUAACGAUGUAGGGUCGAGCCAGCAAGUCCGGAACAGCAUCUUUAUCGGGGAGAGUGAGAACGUGGGCACGGCCAGCGGGUCCAGCGUCUGGGGCAUGGGAGGCGUCAAACCGGUCGCGAGGAGCCUGCCUCACGCCACAACCUUCCCGAUACGAGGACUAGAAAUCUACGACGGCCCCACCAUAGCCGAAAGCUGCACCUUCAAAAAGUUCGCCUCGGCCCCGGAGUAUGACCGCUGGAGCAGCGCGAUCGGAUACCUCCUGGGAAACAACUGGCAAAUGACACCAAACAACAACGUCACGGGGGCAAAGUUUGAGGAUGUCCAGACUCGCGUGUUUCAUGGAGGUAAGAACCUGCCCUGGUUUGGUACGUAUGAGAAGGACGGAGAUAAGGAACAGAUCACGCACGACAUGGACGGCAGUAUCACGGGCUAUCCCGACACCUACAUAGUCGGGCAGGACAACUACCUGGUCAGGAACCCGGGAUGUCUGGCGAAGCCGGAGUGGCGAGCCUUCGUCUGCAGCGGCAAGUAUGCGCAGCUGUAUAUCAGGGCCAAGCACCCAAACACCCUCCGGAUGUCUCUGGUCCGUGACGAGUAUCCUGACCAGCCGCUGACACUGAAGGGGCCCCUGAAGCAGGGUCCUAACGGUUUCCAACAGUACCAGCCCACGGUUAUGCUGGAGAAGUCCUACACCGUCCACUGGAAUGGGCGGGCUCCGGAACAAGUCACCGUCUACCCCAUCAACUUCAACAGUGGACACUGGCUCCGGCUAGGUCUCUGCUACCCGCGGGGAACCAUCUUCCGGGUGCAGUACCAGCUGGAGAGGCGCUUCCCGUACCGCAUCAUGCACGACGAGGAGAUCCACCCCGUCUCCAGCCUGGCCGCUGUGGAGCGGGGAGACGGAAAGAUGUUCUACUUUGAGGAAAGCACUGGUCUGUUCUUCCUGAAAGUCCACGCUAACUACGAUCGGGAAGGCCACGACUACUGUUCACACAUGGGCUGUGAGAGGAUCAUCAUCACGGCCACCAUGACAAGUGACGCGGUCAGCGACUGUACAGCAGCCGCUUAUCCCAAGUACAGCCUGACGCCGACAGAGACUGUCCCCAUGCCGAACUUCCUGAGUCUGGUCAACGACUGUACAGGAUGUGGUGCUCCGGAGCCAAUCGUCAGUGACGGCAACCUGAAAUAUCUGGAAGUGUCCGUUCAGUCUUCAGGCCAUGCGGAACUACAGCUGCUUCACAGGCCCUUUAUAGAGAUAGAUGGAGUCCGGUACACGGCUCACCAACGUGGUUACUUCGUCAUGAGUGUUGACGCCCUCACCGGUGUCGUGACGCACCGUAUGACGUUCGACACCUACGGACAACCUGAAGCUGAUGCCGCCAUGGCGAGCUUCAUUCGAACCGUUAUCCCACAGAACUCCAUCGUCCUUGUGUCGGUACGUGACGCAGCACACACGCAUGCCUCGGAGUGUCUGACCGCGCUGAAGGAGAUCGGAGCUCAGGAGCCCGUUCAGACCGUGUUCAGAGGCAAUUUCGCCAUGGUUGGGUUCAAGGGCACCGUGUGGCCCACCUGGGUCCAGCAAGUCAACCUGCCGUCCGGUCAGGGUCCGGCACAGAUCUACACCAAGAUCCCGCUCAUGGGCUGAGUCAUGGUCUGAUGAAGGACGCGAGUCUUUCGAAAUCACCAAUAAAUAGUUAA